CACCAUCCCCCUUCAAGCCAUCUCAAAACUGCACACAGAGAGAAAUAUUCUCAUUCACCUUUCAUCCACAAAUAUAAUUUCUUCUAUCUAAUUACCUCCAUCAAAUUACUAAUAUGUCUGGAGUUUGGGUAUUCAAGAAUGGCGUGGUCCGUCUAGUGGAGAACGGCGAUUGCCAAGGGGUAAACGGUUGCCGGAAAGUGCUUGUACACCUUGCUAGUGGUGAAGUCAUCACAUCAUAUGCAGUACUUGAAAGGAAGUUGUACUCUCUUGGAUGGGAGAGGUAUUAUGAUGAACCUGAGCUCCUUCAGUAUCACAAAAGAUCCACUGUUCAUCUCAUUUCUCUCCCAAAGGACUUCAACAGGUUCAAGUCCAUGCACAUGUUUGAUAUUGUUGUCAAGAAUCGCAAUGAGUUUGAGGUUAGAGACAUGUAAAAAAAAAAUAAGGCUGUUGGAGGUUGAUUUGAAGUCACUUUUCCAGUGUAUUUCUUUGGGUUAUUUUCAGUUCUACCUUAGGGGUGAAUGUCCACUGUGUAGUAAUUAAGUUUUUAUUUUUGAUUUGUGAUUUGUUUCACAAUGCUGCAAAGGUUGGGAAGUAGUAUGGAGACAAUGUUGUAUAUUAGAAGGUUGUUUGAAUGUUCUUCCUUUUGUAAGUUGCAAUCUGGUGUUUGGUCACGAAAAUUAAAAAAAAUUAGAGUUGGAAUUAA